CUCGCUACGGAAAGAAGAAUGAGCCUCAAGCUUGUGUAAUAUAGUCCACUUUAAAAAGCCGUUUUGAGAAAAAAGCGAAGAUGUUGCGCGCCACGCUGUCUGUGACUUCGAGCCAGCAGGGCAAUCCGUACCUGGAGUUGGAAGACGAACUGUCGAGCAGGCUGGUGGCACGCAGAGAGGUGGAAGAAGAGGAAGACGAGCCACACCGGCAUCCAAGCAGAACAACUGUCCGAGGCGGAGCUGGCUUGCCUGCGUGGAUGUUCUCGGCGUGUUCUACUCCGUGCUCAACGAGUGACACUUUUUCCACCUCCUUCACGUCGACCUUUGCGAGAAAUGUGAGUCUGUGCGUGUUACUUGUGAAGACGACCCUGCCGUUUAUUCUGUCGAACCUGCUGACGUUUUUUCCGGACGUGGUGAACGUGUACGUCGCGAGUGGGAGCCUUGUCUAUAAAAAUUCCGGCGCAUCUACUUCGGACUCGGAGCUUGUAGAUGUCUCCCCACCCGCAUCAACACGGACGACUCUAGUCCCGGCCAUUGGCCUCGGGCAGCUGGUGCUGAACGGGCUGACGUUAUCUCUCGUGUCCGGCCUCAACCAAGGCCUGGAUGUGUACGUUCCGAACAGCCAUUUGGCGAGCGGCAAAGAGUACUUCGCGCUGGUCUACCUCGGGCGGGCGCACGCGCUGGAUUUGCUGCUCUUGGUGCCGGCGGUGCUGGGCAUUCUGCUCCUGGCCGGCCCGUGCGGGCUGGAC